AUGGGCCUCCAGUACCUGCCGGCGGUGGAGACGGCCCGGGAGUGCGUGGCGGAGCUCCGGGAGAGGGGCGCGCAGGUCGUGCUCGCCGUGACGCAUCUGCCCCUGACCGGACCGGCGGACGAGCCAACCGACCAGGUGUUGAUGCAGUCCUGCCCGGGCAUCGACAUGCUACUGGGCGGCCACGACCACUUCUACCUCUACGACCGCGAGAGGAACAUCGUCAAGAGCGGAUCGGACUUCAAGCACCUGUCGCACGUGACCAUCCACCUGCAGCACGGCCAGGUCGUCGCCUCCGAGUGCGAGCGCUUCGACGUCACGCGCGGCGUGCCCAUCCGCGGGGGGGUCAGGAGACGACAGGUACGACCGCCUCAUGGCUGA